AUGGAAUCUGAGAAGCCAGCCAACCAAAACUUGAAGAAAAUCCACAGACUUAUACAGCUCAAGAUAGAAUCAGUAUGUUCGCAGGCUCUAAUGGAUAGCAAUUACUGUUUGUUAAAAAAAGAAAAGAGUCUUAACCUCAUCCCGUCUGCUAUGAAGACCUUUUUGGAAAACAAAAGACUCCCACUAACUAGUUCACCAUUGCUAAAUGCAUAAAUGAUGUAUCCCACAAACUUACAGCAUUACUAGAAAGCUAAAAUGAGCAUGCAAGUAUCAUCAAAUAAUAACCCCUUUCGCAAGUAAGAUAGUUAAGGAGCCCCUGGUACACCUUUCAGAAAAUCUUCAUAUCAAAGUGAAACAGUUAUGUCAUAGAACAACAUAAAUAACGUCAUUUAAAACAAUUAAAGUAACAAUAGAUCUCCAGACUAGUUUCGCGCAACAUUCACUUCUUCCCAGCUUUAAACAAAAAGAGAGAGUGAUGAGGAGUACAUUCCUCAUGUGAAUCAAUACUAUCAUUAAAGAGUUAUUGAAAAGUAAGAUCGCUCAGAAUAUUACUAUAAUAAGAUGCAGUAAUCCCCUCCAUUAGAUAGGCUGACAAAGAAAAUUCUAUAGUCUUAAGCAAGGAAUAGUGCAUUAGAGAGCCAAAAAAUGUACCUCAGUGUGUAGAAGAAGAAUGAGCCAAGACUUUUGAGUUCAUAGCAGAUUAGGGAUAAAGAAAUUCUUGAUUUGUAAAACGAUGAUGAAUCCAAUGAAAGAGAUGACGAAGUUAAAUCUAUUACUGAAUAGGAAGAUCUGUAAAUUUCAAAUAUCAAACAUGAUACCAACACAUUCUAUGAAUAUGGACCCAAAGAAGAAAUGAAAAGAUUUAAAUAUUAGCCUCAGGUGAUUAAACCUACAAAACGAUCUAAAGUCAAACUUUACACUGAUUAACAAUAGUUUGAUAUUAGAGAUUCAAGAUUUUUCAGUAGUCGUGGAAAAUCUUCCCAAGUUAAUAGCAGAGUUGUCAGUUAUCAAUUUGCUAAAAGAGAGGAGAGCAUGCAAAGAUAAUUUAGAGUAACAACCCCAUUUGCCUCAACUAAUAUUGACCUUGAUAACUAGAACUACAAUAAAACUUAGUAGGUUGGUUACAGAUCUCCUGAUAUGUUGAAUAGAGAUAAUUUAGCAGAUACGAAUAUUUUACUGAAAAAUAAAAAGAGAUAUCAAAAGAAGAUGGCAAUUAAAAGAAGAGAAUAAAUGAAUUUGAUUAAUCAAGCAGACUUGCUGUUAAGCAAAAAGGAUUCCUUUGCAGAGAUGCUGGAUUCCUUCUCUAAAAAAGAAAAGAUAUCUAAGUCGAAGGAUAUUGACAAUGAAUUCUUGUAAUUCAUAGCCAAGAGUAAAGCAAUUCCAACAAAGUUCAAUUCAACAUACAAUGAAAAGAUAUAUCUAUUCUAGAAGGUAGAAGAUUAAAAUGACUCUAAGAUCUUGUUUAAGGAUAGCGAGGAAGGGUCAUCAAGUAAUGUGAAGAGUAAAUAUUAUAAGCAAAUAGCUGAAUGCCAUAGUUUUAUUAGAGAUGCUUUGAAUGCUAAGACUAAGGAAAAACCUAAAUGA